AGUACAGACCAUGGAGGUAACAGUUGUCUACCCUGAAGGCAACUUCUCUUUGAUGAUUCCAGGAUAUGAUCAAAAUCCAACAAUUCUUCACGUUAAACAGAGGAUUCAGCAAUUGAUUCAUGUUGAACCACAGUGGCAAGGCCUCUCUUUUAAUGGAGAGUCGCUACGGGAUUCAAUAAGAGUGCAAGAUUAUGGGAUUGAACAAGGCUCUGUAAUUUUUCUCAUUCGGUUUUUGCAGGUUAGUCUAGUCUAUGAAGCUCUUCAGUUCCAAGUAUUGAUUACUGAACAAACAAAGGGCAUUUUCCUUAAAGACCAAGCUAAGAAUUAUUUUGGUUUGGCAAUAGAGGAACAAGUGUUGUUUUUAAAUGGGCAGGUGUUGGAAGACUUAGCAAAUGUAGGAUAUUAUCCAAACAUUAAUAUCAUUGUCCAUAAGACUUAUAGUAUCUGGAUCUUAGGUGGAGUCGGCGAGAUUUAUGAAUGUAUUGUUCAUCCUUAUAUGAACGUACUAUCCUUGAAGCUGAUCCUUCAUCACAAAUAUGGUAUUGAACUCACCAGCAUCAAACUCAAAAAACCUGGAAGUAACUGGUUUUUGACUGAUCAAACCACUCUGUGGGGUGCUGGAAUUAGAGCCAAUGAUGCAAUUCACUUGUUCUACUAGUAAUCAAGUCCAAUAAAUAGUUUGUAUUAAUAAUAAGGAAUAUAUUUAUCCAAAAUUUGAAUUUCUUUAAUAAUAGUUUGUAUUAGUGAUUAGGAACAUGUUUAU